GAUUCUUUUGCUUUUUUUUUUUUAUUUUUUUUUAUUUUGAUGUGUUUAUGAUGUUUUUGAGUUAAAGAGAGACUUUGUUUUCUUUUGAGCCAUUUUAACAAAUCCCAGAACGAGAGCUCGAGUCUUCUCUUUCACACUAUGUAUGAAGCCUUGCAGUCUCACUCUGCUUCUGUUUUGACAACAUUUUGAUGGUGCAAAUAUAUUGAGUUUUGACCAAUACCGAUUUGGGUAUAUGCCAUUUAUGGAAAUGGUUUUCUGGAUAUUUUGUUCUUGUGCUGGUACUCUGAGUCUUUGAGCUGUCUUCGUGAUGCACUUGGUUUUAGGGGUUUAUAAGGGUUUUAACCAUUGAAGAUAAAUUCUUUUGAGUUUUGGGUGAGUAUGGAGGAGAUUGAGGAAGCAAACAAGGCAGCUGUUGAGAGCUGCCACAAAGUUGUGGACCUCCUUUGCAAACCCAGAGAUCAAGUUCUGUCUAGGAACUUGAUGAUGGAAACUGGAGAGGCUGUGUCUAAGUUUAAGAGAGUGUUGUCUCUUCUGAGCACUAGUUUUGGUCAUGGAAGAGUGAGAAAGCUGAAGAAGUUUAGAUCAUCUUUGCCUCAAAGCAUCUUCCUAGAUAGCCCCAAUUGCAGAACAAUUUUGGCACCAAAGCCCCUCCAAAUGGUGCCUGCUAAUUUUCUUGAAACCCCACUUACUGAAAUGGAUUCCAAGUCUAAAUCUUGUAUGCAACCUACCCAGAUAUCUUUUCUUGAGAACCCAGUGCUUGAAAUGAACUCAAAUGCUAGGCCUCCUCUCCAAAAUGCCCAAAUAAAACCAUCACAACACUACCAGUUCCUUCAACAACAGCAGCAAAUACAGAGGAUGCAGUUUCAGCAGCAGCAACAAUUGAAAUAUCAAGCCGAUAUGAUGUACUCCAGGAGUAACAGUGGGAUUAACCUUAAAUUUGAUGGGUCUGCUUGUACACAAGCCAUGUCAUCAACAAGAUCAUUCAUAUCAUCUCUGAGCAUGGAUGGUACUGUGGCUAACUUUAAUGGAGAUUCAUUCCAUUUGAUCGGUGUGCCUCAGUCAUCAGAUCAUAUCUCACAACGGACAAAGAGAAGGUGUUCUGGUAGAGGGGAAGAUGGCAGUGUGAAAUGUGGGAGUACUGGUAAAUGUCAUUGUUCAAAGAGAAGGAAACUGAGGGUGAAGAGAUCCAUAAAGGUGCCUGCUAUUAGUAACAAAGUUGCAGAUAUUCCUCCUGACGAGUAUUCAUGGAGGAAAUAUGGCCAAAAGCCAAUUAAGGGCUCUCCACAUCCUAGGGGAUAUUACAAAUGUAGCAGUCUGAGAGGUUGCCCAGCCAGGAAGCAUGUUGAGAGAUGCCUGGAAGAUCCUUCGAUGCUAAUUGUCACUUAUGAAGGUGAGCACAAUCAUACCAGAUUACUCUCAUCACAAUCUGCUUACACAUGAAACUUAGAAGAUAUCUUCAUCUGAACUUACCCCAAGAACUCAAAUUUCCAAAUGUUUCAAAUCCAACAGAAACUGGUUGCUCUUUAUUUGUGAAUUACUACUGUAUAUAGUAUGUGAUUCGAAUCUGAGACUAGAAUGAUGGGGCAGAUACAUGGUUAAUUGAGAGGGGUUAGUCUGGUUUGAGCUGCUCUUAUAUAGAAUAGGGUUUAAAAAUUGUAAACUUGUGCUUCCUUAAAUAUCCAAGUUAUAUUUCUUC